ACCAAAUGCUUGUUAUUCACAGCACAGUCAUUCAUCAGAGGACGGUUUCAGACUCAGCUCACGCUUUUCAGACUGCUGCCAUCAUGUCCUGACAUUUCUUAAACUUUCACCCUCUUGCUUUUCCCCUGUACUUCCUUCUACCCUCUCUCUCCCUUUGUCAGGCCAUCGCCUUCUUUUUCUACUCAGCUUCUUCCUCACUCCAACAGGAUCUUCUGAGACCAAUCUUCAGAGAAUUUAUCAGCCGAUCUUUAACUAGCUACGUGUCGUGCCCAGCAUGGCGAGUGUUGACCUGGACUCGCAGUGGAAGUCCACAUUUGGCGACACUCCUCGGCCCAUGCUGUACUCAACACAGGAGCUCAAUGAUGAUGGUUUCUACCCGCUUACUGACCCAUCAUCAUUUCUUGUCAAGCCUCCUGGCAUGACUCGUGAGCAGCUCUACGUCACUGGCCUCAACAAUCAGGCGGCUCUGAAGCUCGCACAGGCAGAGUACUUGGAGUUGGAGCGCCAGAUUAUUUUGAUCAAAGGCACUACCAAAUACAAGGAUCCUCAAGCUCUACCACCUACUGAUGUCUAUGAAGAACAAAAGGAAGCUGUUCUUUAUGGAUACAAGUAUUCUCCCAAUCGACCCGCUUUGCUUGGUGCUGCCGUCAUUGGAAAUCGAACUGGCGACGAUGUCACCGAUCGUGAGAAGCACGAUGUUCGUCUGCAACAGGAACCAUUCGAACAAGGCGGGUUCGUUCCUACCGACAAACAGAAGAAAGAUCUUGAGGCAAAGAUCAAGGCUCGGCCCAAUCUCGAUGGCUGGACGCCAGUCAUCAAGAACGGCAAAUACUACCUCCCGCGACAGCAGAUCCACCACAAUGAAUACAACAUCAAGUACGUCCGAUCUACCGCGGAUGACAGCGUCGAGGGACCUCCUGUGCAAACCACCGAGGAUAAGAAUGGCUCCCUCACCCCUCACAAGACCAUUGUCACCCGUCUUACCAGGACACGAUUCGAUGGCAAGAAAGUUCCAACCACCCGAGAUGUCUCCGAAGCACCCUCAGUAAGCUCUAGCAAGCGGAGAGCUGAUACUCCAAUCAACGAUGGUGGGGUCGAGACUCCAAACUCCAAACGACGUAGACAGGACGACGUGAACCGACCAAAACAUCCUAAUCAAUACACUAAAGCUCGCGAAGCUAGAGAACGAGAGGCACGUGCGGCAGCAGCGUCAGGAGCAGUUACACCAGGCACGCCAGCACCUCGACCCAAGCAUCCUAACCAGUACACCAAGGCGAGAGAGUUGAGAGAGGCACAGGAAGCUAAGGAAGCUCAAAAUGCACUUAAAGCCGCCAAACCCAAGCAUCCCAACCAGUACACGAAAGCACGGGAGGCCCGCGAGAGAGAGGCGCGGGAAUUGGCGGUACAGAAGCCACGUUCAGCGGCCAUGACUCCUGCUGCUCAAGCCCCGAUGGCAGGACAGCCCAGCGGCUUCAGCUGGACACAAUUCACCAACCAAGAAUUGCGGGAUCGAAAGUGGACCGACGCAGAACUGGUUGAUGCAGUCAAGCAUCAUCAUACAUGGCUACAUGACGACCCCGCCAAGCAAGCCGAAUGGAAGGAAAAGAUCAUCAAUGGUAUCAAUCCUGUCCGAAGCUUCAGCAUGUUCAAGAAGUGGUCCUAUUGGAAGGAUCGCGAUCUUGACAAACGACCUCGAGGCAAAAAGGAUCAAGCCAACGCCGCCAGCGGAGCUACAAAGACGCCUAGCAAGCCUCAAAAACCAGUCAAGCCCAAACCAAAGGCGAAGACGGACAGCUUGCAGGUGACACCAUCCACAACUCCCGCACAAGAGGAUCAAAAUAGUCGCAUUUUGGAUGAGGCUCCGCAAGGCACGGCCCGACGAUCAGCAAUGAGCAUCUCGAUGUUCAUCAACCACAACGACGACGAGUCUAAUGACGAUAUUCGCGCUGCCCCCGCAUUUUCAGUACCGUCUCCUGGACCAGAUGCUCCCAUGAACGGUGAUUCCCGAGACGAUAUGGACCACGGUCGCACCAAUGACAUGUCAUCGAGACCGAGUCUCAGCACAGAAGUCAGCGAUUCGCUAAUCGUCAUCAAUGGAAGUCCACCCCUUAGACGAUCGAUGCGCAGUUCUCGGCGAUCCAGCGGCUAGCAACGCCGUUAUUAGCCUCCCUCCUACUUCUUGAUAUCCAUAUUAGAUCUUGGGAGAACGGGAGAACGGGAGAACGACAUUGACAUUGACAUUGAUUCACGUUCACUUGCAUUCCUGGUAAUUUGGGGGUAAUUGGUCGCAUGUCCAGCAAAUCAGGCAUUGCAGAGUUAGGCAUUUCUCCUAUGAGCCCGGCGCACAGGCACAGGUUUGCAUAGGGUUGCAUAAGUACAUUCAUCACGCCAGGAUGGGCACUGAUGGG